AUGGAUGGGGCACACCACAUAACAAAUUUCCUUCUAGUGAAGGAGUGGGUCAUGGAGGAAUGCAAAAGCUUGGGGAAGAUUGCAGCAAUGGCGGAUUCAGUGCUGGGAAUUGUUGCAGCUGCAGCCAUCACGUUCUACGCCGUAAGCUUAUCAGAGCAUCGAGAGAAAUCAUUUAGAGAUUUGGAUGGAUCGGAGGAUGAGAAAGGAGGUUUUAAGAUGACUUCAAGUUCUCGAGAGCACAAAAGCAAGCUAAAACAACUUUUAUUGCAAGAAAUGUUUCCGAAGAAGAGCGAUUUUACUUUGGAAUCCAUAUCAAGCUGCUGUUAUUCAACAUCCAAGGCUUUUUAUAACUUAAAAGUUCAGAAACAGCUUGAUAUCUUAGACGAGAUUUCAGGCAUAUCACUCAUAUCUUAGACAAAAGCCGAUU